GGUAGGGAUGAUGAGGAAUGUCAUUUUUACUCCAGGCAGCCUUAAGCCUAGCUAAAAGUUGGGGAUUCUAUUAGAGAAAGGACAAACAGACGUUGUGGCUUAUACCCAAGCAGGGACAGUUAGGUACUUUGAUUUUCUUUCUUGGGAACUUGAACUGGAUAGAAAAUUGGCCACUUUAUUGUGGGAAGGAAGGUGAGAACAUGCACCAGCCUGAAGAUAACCCCACUCUCAGCUGACGUUUCCUAGAGCUCCUUGGGAGUUUGAAAGACUUUCAUGUUCCAGGGACCUUAAGGUCAGCGGUAUCAACUAUUAACUAAUAGCUUCUUGAGGACCGGACUGAGGUGCUUUCCGGGACUGAGAUUCUGCUUUUCAAUAUUUCGAGGUGCUGCAUGGAAUAAACAUCCCUGGUUACUUGAGGUAAUCUCUGCCCCCCGACAGUGGGUCGUGGAGGCGCAGUACAGGGGAAGCGACGUGGUGGGGUGAACAUCCUUGGAACGCGGGCGCCUUCUCUCCGAGGGAGCAGAGCAGCCAGGGAGGAAUCCUGGGUGGGUAGCGGGGCGCCGCCCUCUGCCAGUUACAGUUGGCUGGGAGUGAAUUUCCCUCUCGAGGCGGGGUUUAGCGCGGCCGAACACGUCCUCCGGGGUUGGAGGCCAGAGUACACACUGAGGAAGGGGCGGCCCCUGGAGCGUCCAGGAAAGAGCUCUCCGAGAGGCCGAGCGCUGCUAAUCACCCGGCACGGCCGUGCGCCAUCGCAGAGAUGCAGGGCCGGGGGCAAAGGCGGACCCGCGGGGUCCUCCGGGAAGCGUCCUCCGGUGACGCGCCGCCGCGCCCUGCGGAGGAUUCUGGGAGUUGUAGUUCAUUAGCGAGUUCGGGCUGGCGCGUCUCGGCACGGCCGGCUCCUAGAUACCUUUGUCGCGAGCCGGGCCUCCACAGCGUUGUUCGCGAGGUCGAGCUUGGGCUCCAAGAGGGCUGAGCGCGUGUCCUUCGGAGUCUGAGUGGCCGGAAGGAGGGCGGUGGAGGGCCUCCGGGUGGAGGACACCGGGCUGCCCAGCUAUAGGGUCGCGCGCGUGUUCCCGGGCCUCGGGGUGGACUAGAGCUGUGGACCCCCGGCCCCUAGUGCGUUCGUCGCGCCAUUUUCCCACGGUCGUCACUUACGCCGGCGGGGAGGAAGUCACCAUGGAGCCUAAGGGCAGAGGGUCACUUUCUGAGAAUUCAGACCUUCCCCAUGCUGGAAACCCAAAAGAAAAUGGCCUGACCUCUGUGCUGCUGACCCCUGCAUACCAGGAGUCGAUGAUCAGGGAUAUGGCUGAGGCUCUCACCCAGUGGGGGCAGCUGAACACUCCUCAAGGAGAUGUGCCUGAGAAGCAUAGGAAUCUGGUCUUGCUGGGGCUUCCAAUUUCCAAGCCUGAUGUAAUCUCUCAGUUAGAGUGUGGGGAGGAGCUGGAGAGAGAAGUCUCAAAAGCAACUAGUCCAGGACUGGAAUGCAAGGAGCUAACUCCAGAGCAGGACAUUUCUGAAGAAGAAUUAGCCCCUGUUAACACUGGGGUGUUAAUAGAGAGAUUUCCAAAGGAAAGUUCCAGUGAAUGUGAGGAUUCUUUAGAGAGUCAGCAGGAAAACCAUGAGAAAUAUUUAAUACAAGAGGUUGUCCCUCAGAAGAAACCUUCUGGGGAGAGAAGUUACCAGUGUAAUGGAUUUGGAAGAAAUUUUAGUCGGAGGACAUUCCUUGUUCAGCAGCAAGGAGAGCGACGACACAAUUGUGAUUCAUUUAAAAAGAACUUGAAACAAAAUUCAGAUCUAAUGAAACAUGAGAAAAUUUGUGCAGAAAAGAAGCCUUGGAAGUGUAAUGAGUGUGAAAAGGCCUUUAGUUACUACUCAGCUUUUGUCUUACAUCAGAGAAUUCACACAGGAGAAAAACCCUACGAAUGUAAUGAAUGUGGUAAAUCCUUUAGUCAGAGCAUACACCUUACUCUACACCAGAGAAUUCAUACGGGAGAGAAACCUUACAAAUGUCACGAAUGUGGGAAAGCCUUCAGUCACCGCUCAGCCCUUAUUCGGCAUCAUAUAAUCCAUACUGGGGAGAAACCCUAUGAAUGCAAUGCAUGUGGGAAGGCCUUUAAUCAGAGUUCAUACCUCACUCAACAUCAGCGAAUUCAUACUGGAGAGAAACCUUAUGAGUGUAAUGAAUGUGGAAAGGCCUUCAGCCAAAGCACAUUCCUUACCCAGCAUCAGGUCAUUCACACUGGAGAAAAACCCUAUAAGUGUAAUGAAUGUAGGAAAGCGUUUAGUGAUCGUUCAGGCCUUAUUCAGCACCAGAGAACUCAUACUGGGGAGAGGCCUUAUGAGUGUAAUGAAUGUGGGAAAGCCUUUGGCUACUGUUCAGCCCUGACUCAACACCAGAGAACUCACACUGGGGAGAAACCCUACAAAUGCAAUGAUUGUGCCAAAGCCUUCAGUGACCGCUCAGCCCUUAUUCGUCAUCAGAGAACACACACUGGAGAGAAACCUUACAAGUGUAAGGAUUGUGGAAAAGCUUUCAGCCAGAGUUCAUCUCUUACAAAGCAUCAGAAAACUCACACUGGAGAAAAACCUUAUAAGUGUAAGGAAUGUGGAAAAGCUUUCAGCCAGAAUUCAUCCCUUUCUCAACAUCAGAAAACUCAUUCUGGAGGGAAAACCAAGGAAUAUGGAAAAGCCUUUAGUGAGCACUCAGCCUUUGGCCAGCAAAAGAGAAUUCAUACUGGAUAAAGGUCCUGUACAUGUAGUAUGUUCAGAACAUAUUUAUUGAACAAUUACUAUACAUGCUGUGAGGGCUACAAAGGAAUUUAAGACUGUGUUACAAAAAAAGAUCUAAUUGAGAAGUCAUUGUUGAUAUGGGACAUAGCUUAUUUAGAGUGUGAAAGAAGGGUUUUACAUUUUUUUAAGUAACAGAGGAAGUUGUGUAUUUCCCUGGGGAGAGAGGGAAAUUAUUUCCAACACCCUAAUGUGUAUGUAAGCUACCAAAUCCUUGCGAGAGAAAUAGGGUGUGCCAUGAUGGAAAGAGGCCAUCUUGGCUGGGGUAGGUGGUCUCAUAAUGCUAAGGAGAUGAAGUUUUGAAGGGAAAUUGCAAGGGUGGAAAUAAGAGGUUGGCAAUUCACAAUGAACCUGUACAGGGUUGAGAGUGGUGGUGGAAGGGACGUUGUCCUUGGUCUUAAAUACCAGAGCACUUAGGAGGUGGAUAGAAAGCAUAGACAAAAAGAGCUUGGGGAUGAACUCAAAUGUUGAUUGAGAUAACUACUUAAAUGAGUACCAAGAACCAGGAAAAAUAUCAGUCAGGCUUGUUAGUCACAAAGUUUCCAUCUUGAAGCCAAGGAAUAUUGGCCUGGCAAGUCCACUUCUGCACUUUUGGUCUUUUAAACAAUGUUCAUUGAGAAGUUACCUACUAAGAAUCACAACUCCAAGGGUCAAGGCUGACAACCUAGAAAGGGAGAUUACAGAAGGGACCUCUGAUGCUUUCAGUCUGUUUUAAGGUGAGUUACCUGAGAAUGUGCAUAUUUAUAAAAAUUUGCCUCAGUUGUAUGUAGUUUGUACCCUAAGCUUUUUCAUACCAUCGUUUAAUUUACCUGUAGACCUGAACUGACGCGGCAUAUUAGGUAGUAAACAACUUGAAAACACCAGAAACACCUUUCAUCAUUUUACUCUUAAAUACAGGCAGGUGACAUCUUUAUAUUUGUUUUUUUUUUUUUCACUGAAACUUUGAAGAUUAUUUUUGCAAACAUUUUGAGUACUGUGUUUUUAGUGGUUACAAGUUCGACUGUGAUGUCUUAGUGUGCACUUCUUUCAGUUUAUCCUGCUUUCUGUGCUUCUUGAGGCUGUAGGUAUGUGUCUCUUGCCAGAUUUGAGGGAUUCUCAGCCACCAUUUCUUUGAAUACAUCUUCAGCCUCCACCCCCACCCCUUCUAACAAAUGUUAGACCUGUAGUCUCACAGGUUCCUGAGACUCUGUUUACUUACUUUUUGGUACGUUUUUAUCUUAGUCUGCAUGGGUUGCCAUAGCAAAGUGCCAUAGCUUGGGUGACUCAAACAAAGGAAAUUAAUUUCUCACAGUUUUGGAGGCUGGAAGUCCAAGAUCAAGGUGUUGGCCUUGGUCUCUGAUGAGGGCUCUCUUCCUGGCUUGCA